AUGGAGCCGAAGCUAUCUGAGCAAUUGGAAAGGUUAAGUCUUGGAUCUACUUCCAACGAUCCAAGUCCCGGUUUAUUCUCGUCAUUGCCCGUUGAACUGCUGCAAGAAGUAGCCAGACUGUUGGACAGGCAGAGUCUGCUUGCCCUUCUCAGUACCAACUCAACCAUCCGUGCGGAAUUGGCGCCUUUGGCAUUUGGGACGCUAACGCUCUCAAACCAAUGGAUCAAGCACUUUGAGUAUCGAACGAUUGCUCAUGCAGUAACGGCACUCGUGGUCGCAUCGUCCGCCCAUCAAACCGUCCCAGUCGCAUUCGCCCAACUUCCCCAGGUGUUACCAACACUACACAAUCUACGUCGUGUAGAUCUCAAGAUAUGGGGCCUAUUCUCACCAGAGCUGUACCUGGCGAUCCGGGCUCAUCCCGCUAUACGUGAGCUCAAGAUUGCGAGAAAGAUGAAAGGUCCCGUAUGGAGACCGAGCCAAUCGUAUCCUGGAGUUCCCAAAUGUCGUUUGGAGUACGUUGAAGUCCCGCGCUCGAUCAUCGAAGAUCUCUUCCAGACCGGCUCUCCAUCAGUGGAGACCGUCCAUACCCUUGUCGUCGUUGGUCAGCCCCUUUUCCGACAAUUGAACCAACUAGGUCCAUAUCCCUCGCUCCGUCGCCUUACCCUGCUCGAACAAGCAAAUAAUCGUUACAACGACGUUUUCUGGCAAUUCUUGAAAGCCAAUCCCUGGCUUUCGCAGAUUGAGCUAGCUUCUAUGGAGUAUUGGCAGCCAGAUCUCGAGUACAGGACGUCACUACCUCAAGUAGACCUUCAGUCCAUCACUCGCUUGUCUGGGCCCUUUUUCCUCCUUGACCCAUUGAUACGAGCCAGCAAAUUCACACUGCAAUCCCUUGACAUUCGUGACGUCUUAAAGGUACCUCGAUACACGGAAACGGUCGCUCCCUCGUCCAAAGGUUCCGAGUUUCAGGCCACAUUGUCACUGGCACUCAGCACCCUUCGACUGCACGAACUAUCCAUAUCCAUAAACGGGCAAGAUCUGUCCUAUAUGUUUCUCGUCUCGGCUCUAGAGGCGCACGCUACGUCGGAAGGCUUGGGCUUACUUCGCACUUUGCGAAUCUCUAUCAAGAACAAUAUCGACCAUCACUCAUUAGGAGAGGUUCUCAAUGCGGUUUGCUCGACUUUGGUAGGAAGAGUCUCCACCUAUUGCAGCGUCGGCAUCUCCACGGCAUGCCACGAAACUUGUCGGACAGGGGUAUAUAGGUACAUUGGAAACCAGUACAGUACCCUUUCGGGCCCGGAUCCCGUAUUACGAACCGGGGCCGGCGUCGCAGAGGCUAUGACAGAAAUCAUCCCGGCCAUCACAACCUGGGCUAAUAUGAGAUCCUCUAUUCGCAUUGAUCGCAUAGACGUACUUGGACCUCAUGGCCUUCGAUGGUUCUCCUUUCGGCCCCUCGCAGACGAUGCUCAGAAAUGGCACGUCAAGAUUACACCCAACGGUGGGCGUGUCUGUUCCGACAUUGACACGUACCAACUCGAAAGAAAGGUCCGGGAGCGAUACAAAUGGGUUUUCCCACUCUUCGAGAACGAGACGGUGAUCGAAAUCGGAAAGGAGACCAUCUUUUGGAAGGAGAUGUUUGAGCCAGAUCCAUCUCGUUUCCUUUAG